AAGUAGCAACGUACCAUUUUGAUGGGGACCUUGAAGCAGUAAGACUUGCUUUUCAGUCCGCUGCCAGUCUCUUUGCCACCAUAGCAGCUGGAGUGUGCUAUUUUUGGCCUCGAGUAAGCGUUAGCAGAGCGCUCAUCUUGAUCUUCUUACCGGGUCACGGGCGUUUUUCAUCAUUGCAUUCCCUAGCUCGGUGCUCUGUAUAAUAAGCACUCGAUACGUAUUUGAUUUCAGUUCUUCAGUGUGUUAAUAUUUAUCUGAAAUAUUUUUAUAUUGUCGCGGACAGAAGUAGAACUUUUGCUUACUUGGCUCUUACCUCCCUCCCCUCCCCACUUCUUUUCCUCUAAUAAUAGGACCAGUGUUUUUUGCUUUAGGAUUCUAAAAAGAGUUCAGGUGUUUUGGUGUUAGUUAAUUGAAAAAUUCGGACUCUUUAGAAUUUUUUUUCUUCUGUUGAAGUAGAAAACAUUCUGAACAAUAGCAUUUUUACAUUAUCGGCACCUAGUGCCAAGUAUAUAUUGGUGAAAUUAAUAAACUAUUUUUUAAGUAAGUUUAUAAACUCAAGAGCAGGGAUCUUUUCUCUUUUAUACUUUCUUGUAUGUGUGGCAUCUGGUAUGGUCUUAGGCAGAUAGUAGGUACAAAUGAAAUAUUUGGGUGUUGACUGAUUUGACCACGGGUAUCUGUGGUGUUGCGGGAAGAACAUGGGGUUACGGAGUUAGACAUGGGAUGCUCACUUAGCCACUGCUGUUGAGUAAGUUACUUGGUCAGUUCUGCCGUACAUCCCACUCCUGUAAAGUAAUGGUAAUAAUGCCUCACUAAUUUGCUGGAAGCGUUACAUAAUGUAUGCACAGUACUCUGUGAUCACUAAAGAUCCUGUGCAGAGCUUAAGUCAGUCUUGUUUUUAUCAGUGCUUUAUUGACUCUGCUCUGCUGCAAAUCAGUACUCAGUCUUAACUUGUUUUGGCCAGUGCUGGGUACUCUGUUGACAUUUAGUAUAUGACUGCAUGCAUGAAUGGUACAUACUUCAUGAGCAAAGUGAGAUCUGGAGAAGUUGUCUCUUGCAUAAUCUUACUCUAUGAGAUAGUAGUAAAAGUCUGCUUAGAUCUAGUUCUUUUAACUUCUAGCUCAAGCAGUCUUUCAUACUAUAUUUUGGUUUGUAAAUACAUACAAAUGUACACAUAAACAGAGACACACAUACCCUAGUUUCAUAAAUCAUGGGAACAAUUUUAUAGUGCCUCCAGACCAACAUUCCUGUUACUAGCUUUCAGGACAAGAAAACUGAUCCCUCUCACUUACAUGGUUCUUUCCAGAUAGCUAAUGUGCGUUACCCAAGGCCAUGUAGGCACUUAAGCGUAAGACUUGGAAUGUACCCAGAUAUUCUGGAUCCCGAUCCAUUGCUCUUUCCAAGAUACCAACACCUGAAACUAUAAUAGAGCAGGCUUGGAGCAUUUUUGGAAUUCCUGGACUUCCCUUUGAGGUUUUUUUCCCUCACUAAUGUAGUUCCUCAUAUGAUGCCUUGUGUAGAUAACACAUACGGAUUGUUUUUGCCAGCCACUAGGAGCAGACCAUCUUUCAAGACCCCUGUGACAGGUGCUGUGGGUGGAUUGGGCCAGGCAGUGGGAGAGUGGGGUGUGCAAUGCAGAGAGUAGUGGGAGAUGAGAUUAGAAAGGGGUAAUGGGGGUAUGGAUUAUACGUUUGCUUGAAGGGUGAAUUUGGUAAGUUUUGUGUAUGUGUGUGUACAAGCACACACUUGCCCCCAAAUGAUUUGAAAUGGAACUUUGGAAUGAUUCAUUAAUAUAUUCAUUUUGAUGUGGUGACUUUGGGGAGGGGAGAGGAGAUUUAACUUUUUAUUUCUUAAUCAGUAAUUGAAUUCACGUGCCUUUUUUUUUUUUUUAUUAUUAGUGCCAGUUUGAAGGUUUUAUUUUAAAUAACUCAUUGAUAUUCAGAAGCCUGAAUUUCUAGGUCCGUUUACAAUAUGAAUAAUCUCGGUACUUUGUGUUUUUACUGUUUCGAACAGGAGUGUGUUGCUGCUGUUCUGCUUUGCGUCCUCGCUACAAACGCCUGGUGGACAACAUAUUCCCUGAGGAUCCAAAAGUAAUUUGAUCUACAUCUACUGAUCCUUCUCUUUGCUGACCCAUCCUUCCCCCCUGCUGACCUCCCUAAGGAUGGCCUCGUUAAAGCAGACAUGGAGAAAUUGACAUUUUAUGCAGUAUCUGCUCCAGAGAAGUUGGAUCGAAUUGGUUCUUACUUAGCAGAAAGGUUGAGCAGGGAUGUUGUCAGACAUCGUUCUGGGUAUGUUUUAAUUGCUAUGGAAGCCUUGGACCAACUUCUGAUGGCUUGCCAUUCUCAAAGCAUCAAGCCAUUUGUAGAAAGCUUUCUGCAUAUGGUAGCAAAGCUGCUAGAAUCCGGGGAACCAAAGCUUCAAGUGCUUGGAACAAAUUCUUUUGUCAAAUUUGCAAAUAUUGAAGAAGACACACCGUCCUAUCACCGACGUUACGACUUUUUUGUAUCUCGCUUCAGUGCCAUGUGUCAUUCCUGUCAUAGUGAUCCAGAAAUACGAACAGAAAUCCGAAUUGCUGGAAUCAGGGGUAUUCAGGGAGUGGUUCGCAAAACAGUUAAUGAUGAACUUCGGGCUACCAUUUGGGAACCCCAGCACAUGGACAAAAUUGUUCCGUCCCUGUUAUUUAACAUGCAGAAGAUAGAAGAGGUUGACAGUCGCAUAGGCCCUCCUCCUUCUCCUUCUGCUGCUGACAAAGAAGAGAACCCUGCCGUGCUGGCUGAAAACUGCUUCAGGGAGCUGCUGGGUCGAGCGACUUUUGGGAAUAUGAAUAACGCUGUUAGACCAGUUUUUGCGCAUUUAGACCAUCACAAACUAUGGGAUCCCAAUGAAUUUGCAGUUCACUGCUUUAAAAUUAUAAUGUAUUCCAUUCAGGCUCAGUAUUCUCACCACGUAAUUCAGGAAAUUCUAGGACACCUUGAUGCUCGUAAAAAAGAUUCUCCACGGGUCCGAGCAGGUAUCAUUCAGGUUCUAUUAGAGGCUGUUGCCAUUGCUGCCAAAGGUUCCAUAGGACCCACGGUGCUGGAAGUCUUUAACACCCUACUGAAGCACCUGCGUCUCAGUGUUGAAUUUGAAGCAAAUGAUUUACAGGGGGGAUCUGUAGGCAGUGCCAACUUAAACACCAGUACCAAAGACAAUGAUGAGAAGAUUGUGCAGAAUGCUAUCAUCCAAACAAUAGGAUUUUUUGGAAGUAACCUACCAGAUUAUCAGAGGUCAGAAAUCAUGAUGUUCAUUAUGGGAAAAGUACCCGUUUUUGGAACAUCCACUCACACUUUGGAUAUCAGUCAACUAGGGGAUUUGGGAACCAGGCGGAUUCAGAUAAUGUUGCUGAGAUCUUUACUUAUGGUGACCUCUGGAUAUAAAGCAAAGACCAUUGUUACUGCACUGCCUGGGUCUUUUCUGGAUCCUUUGUUAUCACCAUCCCUCAUGGAAGACUAUGAACUGAGACAGUUAGUCUUGGAAGUAAUGCAUAACCUCAUGGAUCGCCAUGACAACAGGGCAAAACUUCGAGGGAUCAGAAUAAUACCAGAUGUAGCUGACCUAAAGAUAAAAAGAGAAAAAAUUUGUAGACAAGACACAAGUUUCAUGAAAAAGAACGGGCAACAACUAUAUCGGCACAUAUAUCUGGGCUGUAAAGAGGAAGACAAUGUUCAGAAAAACUAUGAGCUACUUUAUACUUGUCUUGCUCUCAUCACUAUUGAAUUGGCCAAUGAGGAAGUGGUUAUUGAUCUCAUUCGAUUAGCCAUUGCUUUACAGGACAGUGCAAUUAUCAAUGAGGAUAAUUUGUCCAUGUUCCAUCGCUGUGGAAUCAUGGCUCUGGUUGCGGCCUAUCUCAACUUUGUAAGUCAGAUGAUAGCCGUCCCAGCGUUUUGCCAGCACGUCAGCAAGGUGAUUGAAAUUCGAACUAUGGAAGCUCCUUAUUUUCUACCAGAGCAUAUUUUCAGAGAGAAGUGCAUGCUUCCGAAAUCUUUAGAGAAGCAUGACAAAAGUUUAUGCUUUUUGACCAACAAGAUCGCAGAGUCACUAGGCGGAAGCGGUUACAGUGUCGAGAGGUUGUCGGUACCGUAUGUGCCGCAAGUAACAGAUGAAGAUCGACUUUCUAGAAGAAAAAGUAUUGUGGACACCGUAUCCAUUCAGGUGGAUAUUUUGCCCAACAGCAUCCCUUCUGAUGAUGUGGUUAGUAACACUGAAGAAAUCACCUUUGAAGCGCUGAAGAAAGCAAUUGAUACCAGUGGAAUGGAAGAACAGGAAAAGGAAAAGAGGCGUCUUGUGAUAGAGAAAUUCCAGAAAGCACCUUUUGAAGAAAUAGCAGCACAGUGUGAAUCCAAAGCAAAUUUGCUUCACGACAGACUUGCUCAAAUACUGGAACUCACCAUACGCCCUCCUCCUAGUCCAUCGGGAACACUGACCAUUACUUCUGGGCAUGCCCAGUACCAGUCUGUCCCAGUCUAUGAGAUGAAGUUUCCAGAUCUGUGUGUGUACUGAGUGGCUCAUGAAGACCUCAGCAUAGGAUCUAAAGCCUAUAAAUGAAGGCCCCGCUGAGUUUUCAGGGUUUACUUAAUGUGUGUUAACAUGCUUCCUGGGAAUAACGGUGAGACUUCUCUUCAGCCAAAUCUUGGCACAUACCACAUUAGAAACGGUGGAGCUGUAUAUGGUUGAGAGUCCUUUUGAGGGUCGGCUUCUGUCACGAUAGUUUCUUUUGAGCUUCCUGUUGGCUUCCAGAGUUGGACAUGUAUUGGCCUCCCAUCAUUCCAUAGUUCAACAGUGUAUUUUAAACUUUUCACAAACAGGUAAUUUUAAAAGAUUGUGCUUUCAGAGGGUUGAAGAUGCAUCAGGUGUCUACUGUAUUUCUUAAACAUCUACACAACUGCUUAGAAAUAGAAUUGCUUUUGUGUCUGGUUAUCUGCAAAAGCAAAUACAUACAAAUAUAUUGCUGAUCUUGGGGCUGCAAAACUGUUCUGUGGCUUGUUGUCCCCAUGUUUUAGAUGUUGUGACCUGUAGUAACAUGUGCUAGGCAUACCUCAACGUGUUUAUGGUAAGAAGACAUCUCUUGAAUAAUAUUCCUAGAAUAUGACCAACCCUAAAGUCGCCAUACUUAAAAAGCGUCUAGUUUUCGUAAUACUGUGUUGUGUGCCGAGAGUUGACCAUUCUACUUGAGAGAAGCUUAGAGCUUACUCUUGGCAUACCAAACCGUGCAAUAUUUUUUUACAUCAUAAGAUGUAUUAGUUUACAGAAUAUACUUUGAAACUAUAGUAGUAUUUUGCUGUGGCUCCAUUAAUUAAAUGAGAUCUGUAUUUAGUGUAAGAAAAAAAAGACAUUUAAAACAGCUACUAGUUCACCUGUGAAGAGUGUGUACAUUUUGAUUUCUUCCAAAGCGCAUUAUUUACAUUUUUAUAUUGUGCAUUGUUUUAAAUCUGCGUAGUCAAAAGAUUCUCCAAAUGGGCUUUUAAUUUGUAAGAUUUGAACUGUAACUUGUAUGCAUCUGUUUAGGAUUUGUUAUAUUACACUUCAAAAGAGUGCCUAUGGCUUUAGUGAUCAAGCGUGCUAAGGAUUGUCAGCGGAAGCUUCUGUUGAUUGAGGCCACCGAGACUACACGUGUAACAUGUGCUCCCAGCCCCACAGUGUUUCCUUAAAAUUAUGUGCAUUUUAGUGAAUUCCAUCACACAGAGAAAAUGAGCAACUUUCUUUGCAACUCAUAUAAAAUUCUCUUAGGUCAUUUUUAUAGAAUAACCUGUUUAUAAUGAUAUUGCCUUUUCAGAUUCAGUUUCUUUUUACAAAGAACAAUAUACAUAUCAGACAUUGUAGGUCAAAAAACAAUUCAGUUCUUACCUUUUUUGUUUGAAAAACUACAGUUGAGAAUGGCAUGUUAGAGGUUGUGUAUAUGGUUGUUGGGCACCUUUGCAAGGAACAGAAAAAUGUACGGAAGUGGCAGAAGAACAAGCAUGCCUCCAGUUUUUAACAAACUGACGUACGGGGUCUCGAAGCCUCUUGCAAAAGGUCCUAGCUGUCUAGACCCAUAAAAUGAUACUCGGGCCUCCCCGGGCGGUGUCGUGAAUGUUUAUCUGCAGGAUAGCAGUGCAGUCGGCACGGGGGUUGGAUGACCUUACUUCAGCUGUCACUGGGACUUUGCCUCUUGAUCAGGUAAAAUGUGUCACCACAUAAUAGGCCAAGUUGUAUGUUUUCUAUUCCCCUUUUUUUCUUCUCUAUUUUUAAAGAAGGGUGUUAAUCUUUGUGCAUUUAAAAACAUCUGAGCAGGGGGACACACAGAAACAACCAUCAUCCACUUGGAUGUCAUUUUAUAGAUGAACACUGUGUGCUUUUGUAUGAAAAUAUAUAUAAUUUAGUGGUAUAAGUAAAGGAGUUAUAUAUUCAUUUGCACUCAGUGCAAAACAAACUUUGCUCUACAAAAUUUCAUGUUUCUCUGUGAUUUAAAAAUGCAUGUAUUGCAUGUAAAGGAAAACCAUUUGAAUUAAUGUUUCUCACCCCUUUCUCUUGGUCUGUUUGUAAACUGUUGAUGUGGGUUUUGCGGGGGUUUUUUUUCCUGUUGUUUUUAAAUCACGGUAGACUUCUAUAUAUCCUAGAUAAAUAAUGGUUCCCAAGAAGUGGAUCUUUGCUUUAUUUGUCCCUUCUAGGAGACCGUAGGAGAUCCUGCGGGUAGGGGGUCACGUCCAAGCCAGUUUGGAGACUGAAAGUUUACGAUUUGUUGAAGUUCACUUGUAUGGCUAUAUUUUUGUAGAUAUUUAAAACUCUUAAUAAACUGUUAAUCAUUCUGUUUUUGCUGUA